CCUUACUUCCGGACUGUGCGGUCCACAUGCAGGAAGUGAGUUUUCAUCGACUUUUGCAGCCUCCCAGUGUCCGUGGAAAUCAGCGUCGCCAUGGUCACGCGGCCCACAAGGAGACGUCACUUCCGGUAGGAAAGAAGCAUUCAGAGCCGCGGACAGGAAGUGCGGCUGGCGUGUCCACGGCGGUCGCUGGCGGGGAGAUCAGAAAGAGGAGGGGGGAACUCCAGCUGUGAGGAACGGAGUCUUUAUUACACAUCACAUGUUCUGUAUUCUCUCUGAUUCACCGAGGAUGGACAAGGACAGGAGUCACAGGACUGAGAGUAUAAUAAAAAUCACCCUGGAGAUCAUCUACCUGCUGACUGGGGAGGAUUACACAAUAGUGAAGAAGACAUCCAAUGGGUGUGAGAUACCCAGCAGCCAUCCCUGUGUAUCAGGAGGACUGAGUAGAACCCAGAGCCCAAUCACGGUGCCUCCACCUCACUUACUGACACAUGAGAGACACAAUGACAAGAAGAUCCUGGAACUCGCCAACAAGAUCAUUCAGCUGCUGACUGGAGAGGAGGGGGAGUAUAUAGAGGAACACAGGUGUCUGUACAAGGACGUGAUGAUGGAGAAUCACCGGCCCCUCACAUCACUGGAUGGGUCCAGUAACAGAAAUACCCCAGAGAGAUGUCCCCGUCCUCUGUAUUCCCAGGAUUGUACAGAGGAGAAUCACAGGAUCCCACAGGAGGAUCAGGUAGAACGUCUUUCUUGUAUAAAGGCAGAAGAUAUAAGGAGAGAAGAAGAGACAUAUGUGACUGAUAUAAAGGCAGAAGAUAUAGAGGAAGAAGAAGAGACAUAUGUGACUGAUAUAAAGGCAAAAGAUAUAGAGGGAGAAGAAGAGAUGUAUGUGACUGAUAUAAAGGCAGGAGAUAUAGAGGGAGAAGAGGAGACAUAUGCGACUGAUAUGAAGGCAGAAGAUAUAGAGGGAGAAGAAGAGACGUAUGUGACUGAUAUAAAGGCAGAAGAUAUAGAGGGAGAAGAAGAGACGUAUGUGACUGAUAUGAAGGCAGAAGAUAUAGAGGAAGAAGAAGACACGUAUGUGACUGAUAUAAAGGAAGAAGAUAUAGAGGGAGAAGAAGAGAAGUAUGUGACUGAUAUAAAGGCAAAAGAUACAGAGGAAGAAGAAGAGACGUAUGUGACUGAUAUAAAGGCAGAAGAUACAGAGGGAGAAGAAGAGACGUAUGCGACUGAUAUGAUGACAGAAGAUACAGAGGGAGAAGAAGAAACGUAUGUGAGGGGUGAUCAGCAGUGUAAGGAGGAGGAGAUCCCUACAGAUAUCAGCACAGGAGAUGGACACACAAGCAGGAAUAUCUUAGAAGGACAUCUAAUGUUAUCCCUGGAUUCUGAAAUAACGGAUAAUGACCGUAGACUGGAUUCUCCAGGAGCUAACCCCAUUACCCCAAUUAUUCAUCCAGCUCUAUCAGAUGAUCCCUCUGAUUCUGGGAAAUGUUCUCCUGAUCACUCUGAUAUUGGUGCAUCUGUUACAGCUCUGAGAGUAGAUUCAGUGUUCCCCUGUUCUGUAGAUGCCAAAUGUUUUACACAGAACACAAACCUUAUUACUCAUCAGCCAGCUAAGGCAGGUGAGAGGCCAUUUCCAUGUUCUGAGUGUGGGAAAUGUUUCACAUAUAAAUCAGCUUUUGUUACACAUCAGAGAAGUCACACAGGUGAGAAGCCGUAUUCCUGUUCUGAGUGUGGGAAAUGUUUUGCACACAAAUCACAUUUAGUUGUACAUCAGAGAAAUCACACAGGUGAGAUGCCAUUUUCCUGUUCUGAGUGUGGGAAAUGUUUUGCAUGCAAAUCAUAUUUUGUUAUACAUCAGAGAAGUCACACAGGUGAGAAGCCGUAUUCCUGUUCUGAGUGUGGGAAAUGUUUUGCACGCAAAUCACGUUUAGUUAUACAUCAGAGAAGUCACACAGGUGAGAAGCCGUAUUCCUGUUCUGAGUGUGGGAAAUGUUUUGCACACAAAUCACAUUUAGUUAUACAUCAGAGAAAUCACACAGGUGAGAUGCCAUUUUCCUGUUCUGAGUGUGGGAAAUGUUUUGCACGCAAAUCAUAUUUUGUUAUACAUCAGAGAAGUCACACAGGUGAGAAGCCGUAUUCCUGUUCUGAGUGUGGGAAAUGUUUUGCACACAAAUCACAUUUAGUUAUACAUCAGAGAAGUCACACAGGUGAGAAGCCGUAUUCCUGUUCUGAGUGUGGGAAAUGUUUUGCACACCAAUCACAUUUAGUUAUACAUCAGAGAAAUCACACAGGUGAGAAGCCAUUUUCCUGUUCUGAGUGUGGGAAAUGUUUUGCACGCAAAUCACAUCUUGGUAUACAUCAGAGAAGUCACACAGGUGAGAAGCCAUUUUCCUGUUCUGAGUGUGGGAAAUGUUUUUCAUCGACAUCACAUCUUGUUAUACAUCAGAGAAGUCACACAGGUGAGAAGCCAUUUUCCUGUUCUGAGUGUGGGAAAUGUUUUGCACGCAAAUCACAUCUUGUUAUACAUCAGAGAAGUCACACAGAUGAGAAGCCAUUUUCCUGUUCUGAGUUUGGGAAAUGUUUUGCACGGAAAUCAGUUCUUGUUAAACAUCAGCGAUUUCACCUGCUGUAUAGUUCCUGUGAUUUCCUCCAGCUUAUUAACCAGCUCCUCAUUUCAUUUCCUACGACUCGUCUACCCUUCUUGGGUAUGAUUCUGGAUACAGACCAGAAAAAGGUAUAUCUUCCGACAGAAAAGGCCCAGGAACUCAUGACUCUGGUCAGGAAUCUCUUAAAGCCGAAACAGGUUUGGUGGCACAUUUGGAAAGUCAGUAGCAUGGAGGCAGAAACAGAGGUGUACAAAAACCUCAACAAGAGAUUCCUGCAUAUGGUCUGUCGAGCGCGCAGUAUUAAGGUGACCGCAACAGAUGUAAAGGAAUCAUUAAUUGCGAAAUUGCUGAAAUGGGAUCAAGAACACCCUUGUGAUGAGGAGGAGGACUCUGAGGAGUCAGAUGAGGAGAAACAAGUGACGGCGUGGUUGAGACCUACAGCCUGGACAUUCGAUGCCAGUAACCGCAGGGAGAGCGGAGGAUCGGAGGUGGGAUCCCGAGGGUUAGUACAACACCGUCUGAAAGCCCUUGGAGAGGGGAAGGUUGGAGAAACAUUUGAAAGGACACCAGAGGUAUUACAGGCCCGUCUAGAAGCGCUGGGAGAUGGCGCGACACCCGAGGAUCGGAUGCGGGAACAGCUGAGUUAUAGCAUUCCUAUACAAAGGACUAACCAGUCAGCUAAGGUGCCUGUGGUGGGAGGGCUCAAUGCACCACACACAGAGGACAAGACCCAGAGUCGUGAUCUGCUUGAUACAGCAAUAGACCUUGGAGAAGUGCAGUUUCCAAGCUUUCCAUUUUCAGAGAUGGAAGAUGAGGAUCUGGUGAAUGAAUGCCAGUACCAAGAUGAUGUUGGUGUCAAGGGUACCAAGGAGCUGAUAAGGGCCGAGGACUCACCGCUGCAGUCUACACAUGCUUCAGAUGAGGAUUCGUUGGAGAAUGAAGACUCAUUACACUCCGUUUCUGCAUACAAAGCUGAGGAGGAAGGUCUCAGUUUAGGGGACAUAUCUGAGUUAAUUAAGGCAAUGAAAGCCAUUCUAUCCUUAGAAGAAUCAGCAGAGCCUGUGUUAAAAUCCAAGUCACCUGUGUUUAAAUGUCAUAAUACAGUCAGGACUGAGAUUCCUGGGUCAGAACAGCAGAAGGAAAUUAUGGAAGAGGUUUGGGCUACUCCCAGUAAGAAAUUUAGAAUUCCAAUUAUCCUCUUCCCCUACAACCACUUUCUGCAACAUCACAAUGGGAUCCCAAAGGGCCUUCAAGCCUUUGAUAUGAGACACUUUGAGACGAAUAUUCGAGCGAAAAAGGAGGUUCCAGGAUCGAGACAGGGACUGGCAAAGAGAGAGAGCCAGAAAAAGGAGAAAUGUCAGCUUCGAGGAAGAAGAGGGGGGAGGAAGGAAGUACACAAGAGAUUAAAGUUAAAAAGGAAGCUGUCUCAGAAGAAAAAUAUAUUCAAUCUUUCUUCCAGACAACUAACCGAUAAUGAGAUUGCAGUGUUGAAUAAAGGCCUAAAAUUUUCCCCAUCAACACCACCUAAUAUAUUUAAUUUAUUUGUGGAACUAAAUCGGUUUGUCCGUAACUUAUGUCGGAAGAAAUACUUUGCUAAGCAGGCCCUGUUAAAAAAUAGAGACACAGCAUCACCUAUAGUUCUUGAUGGGGAAGACGAAGGGGCCCUAGAAAUACUCACCGCUCUUUUGGGUGAGAACUCUGAGGAUACUCCCUCGAAACCCCAAAAAUUGUUCGACAUCAACAAACUGAAAAACAAGUCAGAGUUCUAUCCCAUUAAAACAAAGGGUUCAAGCAUAGAGAGCUUUUACAAAACAACACUAGAAGAAUUCAAAAAUCUGUGCUCAAAAACACAAAAGACACAGAAGACCGAAAAUCUCAACAAGUGGGAGAAACAAGCGAUCUACAGGCUAACAAAAGAUAGCACAAUAGUAAUCAAACAAGCUGAUAAAGGGGGGGGGGGGCUCAUUAUACAGGACAGGUCUGAUUAUAUCCUUGAAGCCAACAGGCAAUUAAAUAACCACGACUUCUACCACACUUUACCAAGAGACCCGACCCCAGUUUUCUUAAGAGAACUUCACGACCUAUUAAGUCAAGCUAUGAGCAACAAUCUGAUCUCCAAGGAGGAAUUUAAUUUUUUGUUCUGUUCACACCCCACAGUUCCCAUAUACUACCAUCUUCCCAAAAUUCACAAGUCAUGCACAGCACCCCCAGGUCGUCCCAUCAUUUCUGGUGUAGGUUCCCUCACUUCUAACCUUUCACAUUAUAUUGAUAUUUCUUUACAGCCACGGGUCACCAUGUUGAAAUCCCACAUUAAAGAUACAACUCAUUUUUUGAAUAUGAUCAAAGACAUUGAGUGGAGGGAUUCCUACGGAUUCCUCACACUCGAUGUCCAAAGUUUAUACACAAAUAUUCCACAUGAUUUAGGCAUCAAUGCAAUAGCAAGAAGACUCACAGAGGAUGGGGAUCUCACCGACUUACAUCAAAAAUUUAUUCUGGAUUCCAUAUCAUUUAUACUUAGACACAAUUAUUUCACUUUUUUGGAUACUUUUUAUUUACAGGUGAUGGGGACGGCCAUGGGAACCAGGUUCGCGCCGAGUUACGCCAACCUCUACAUGGGCGAGGUCGAAGACCAGCUCGUGUGGGGUGGCGACCUCGGCGCGGACCUGGUUCUCUAUGGCCGUUACAUAGAUGAUCUCUUUAUAAUUUGGAACGGGGAUGCUGAAUCAGCCUCAGCAUUUGUUUCCCAUCUCAAUUCCAAUUCUUUCAAUUUAAUUUUCACUCACACUUACCACCCCCACAAUAUUAAUUUUCUGGACAUCUCCUUGGAGAUCAGAGGAAACAGAAUCUCUACUACCAACUAUAUAAAAGAGGUGGGAACGGACGCUUAUCUACACUUUAAAAGUGGACAUUACAUGCCCUGGAAAAAGAGCAUCCCCAAAAGUCAAUUCCUUCAUCUUCGAAGGAAUUGCUCUGACUUGACCACCUUCAAUAUACAAGCCAAAUCAAUGAUGGAGGCAUUCCUCAGCAGGGGUUACCCAAAAUUACUCAUUGAAUCAGCAUUAGGGGAAGUCAAACAACGAAAAAGAGAGGAUUUACUAAUACCCAAGAAUAAAAAUAAAGAGAAAACCAUUAAUAUGGAUGAGGUAGCAUUCAUCUCUACAUUCAACAAUUGUCAUUUAGAGAUUAGGAACAUCAUCUCAAAGAAUUAUGGGAUUCUCAGACAGGAUUCUCAGUUGUCCUCAAUAUUGCAUCCAAAACCCAAAUUUAUUUUUCGGAAGAACAGGUCACUUAAAAACCUAUUAGCUCCCAGCCACUUGAAAGUUAUUAAAGUAAGCAAUGAGAGUACAAGUGGAAGAGGACUGAGAAGGACCCAGAGCCCAAUCACGGUGCCUCCACCUCACUCACUGACACAUGAGAGACACAGUGACGAGAAGAUCAUUGAACUCACCAACAAGAUCAUUCAGCUGCUGACUGAAGAGACGUAUGUGACUGAUAUAAAGGCAGAAGAUACAGAGGGAGAAGAAGAGACGUAUGUGACUGAUAUAAAGACAGAAGAUAUAGAGGGAGAAGAAGAGACAUAUGUGGGGGGUGAUCAGCAGUGUAAGGAGGAGGAAAUCCCUACAGAUAUCAGCACAGCAGAGGGACACACAAGCAGGAAUAUCUCAGAAGGACAUCUAAUGUUAUCCCUGGAUUCUGAAAUAACCGAUAAUGACAGUAGACAGGAUUAUCCAGGAGCUAACCCCAUUACCCCAAUUAUUCAUCCAGGUCUAUCAGCUGAUCCCCCUGAUCCUGGGAAAUGUUCUCCUGAUCACGCUUAUAUUGGUGCAUCUGUUACAGCUCUAACAGUAGAUACAGUGUUUCCAUGUUCUAUAGAUGCCAAAUGUUUUACACAGAACACAAAGCUUCAUCAGCCAGCUAAGGCAGGUGAGAGGCCAUUUCCAUGUUCUGAGUGUGGGAAAUAUUUUACAUGCAAAUCAGCUCUUGUUACACAUCAGAGAAGACACACAGGUGAGAAGCCAUUUCCAUGUUCUGAGUGUGAGAAAUGUUUUGCAUGGAAAUCAAAUCUGGUUACACACCAGCAAAUUCACACAGGUGAGAAGCCAUUUCCAUGUUCUGAGUGUGAGAAAUGUUUUGCACGGAAAUCACAUCUUGUUAGACAUCAGCAAAGUCACACAGGUGAGAAGCCAUUUCCAUGUUCUGAGUGUGGGAAAUGUUUUGCACAGAAAUCAGAACUUGUUAUACAUCAGAAAAGUCACACAGGUGAGAAGCCAUUUCCAUGUACUGAGUGUGGGAAAUGUUUUGCACAUAAAUCAGACCUUGUUAAACAUCACAGAAGUCACACAGGUGCAAAGCCAUUUCCAUGUUUUGAGUGUGGGAAAUGUUUUGCAAUCAAAUCAGAUCUUGUUAAUCAUCAGAGAAGUCACACAGGUGAGAAGCCGUUUUCUUGCUCUGAGUGUGGGAAAUGUUUUUCCUGGAAAUCACUACUUGUUAUACAUCUGCGAAGUCACACAGGUGAGAAUCCAUUUCCAUGUUCUGAGUGUGGGAAAUGUUUUCAACACAAAUCACAUCUUGUUACACAUCAAAGAAUUCACACAGGUGAGAAGCCAUUUCAAUGUUCUGAGUGUGGGAAAUGUUUUAUCCAGAAAUCACAACUUGUUAUACAUCAGGGAAGUCACACAGGAGAAAGGCCAUUUCCAUGUUCUGAGUGUAGGAAAUGUUUUACAAACAAAUCGAAUCUUGUUAGACAUCAGAGAAGUCACACAGGUGAGAGGCCAUUUUCAUGUUCUGAGUGUGGGAAAUGUUUUGCACGGAAAUCAGUACUUGUUGAACAUCACAGAAGUCACACAGAUGAAAAGCCAUUUCCAUGUUCUGAGUGUGGGAAAUGUUUUGCACACAAAUCAGAUCUUGUUAUACAUCAGAGAAGUCACACAGGUGAGAAGCCAUAUUCCUGUUCUGAGUGUGGGAAAUAUUUUGCACAGAAAUCAUAUCUUAUUACACAUCAGAGAAGUCACACAGGUGAGAAGCCAUAUUCCUGUUCUGAGUGUGGGAAAUAUUUUGCACAGAAAUCAUAUCUUAUUACACAUCAGAGAAGUCACACAGGUGAGAAGCCAUUUUCUUGCUCUGAGUGUGGGAAAUGUUUUAUACGGAAAUCACAACUUGUUACACAUCAGCGAAAUCACACAGGUGAGUGGCCAUUUCCAUCCUCUGUGAAAUAAAUCAGCACAAUAGACAUCACUUGGAAACUAUUGUACUCUUCUGGAGUAUACUUAACAUUGCCAUGCAUUGUUCUUCAAGGUUCUUAUCUCCUAUGCUUUUUGCAAUAUACAUGCUACAACUGGGUGAUAUAAUCAGAUGUCAUGCCCUUAUCUACCACUGCUAUGCAGAUGACUUGUCUUUUGCUCCGGAUACUGAGAACCCAGUACCAAUCCUAAAUGGUUGUCUAGCUGAGCUCCAUGUGUGGGUGAUGCCAGUUGGCUGUGACUCAGUCCUGGUGAAACAGGUCCUUAUGGUAGAAGCUCACCAACAAAAGGCAGGGCUACAGCUCAGCUUUGCAAACCAACCAGACUUAUGCUUGUGGGUUCAGAGUUACAAAAUGCUGAUCAUGUGGAAUCUUGGUGUCCUGGAUGGUGGAGUGACACUUAGAUAUCAGGUAUCAUCCACAAUCCGAUCCUCAUCUGAGGAACAUAGCCAGACUCCAGCACUUUAUUCCCUCAGAAGAUCUACCUACAGUCAUACAUGCACUUGUAUCAUCAUGCAUAGACUACUGCAAUGUCCUCUACCUGGGUCUCCCAGCAAAAGAAUUGCACCACUUGUGGCUUGUACAGAAUGCAGCAGCCAGUCAUAUCUAACCGGCCCGUUCCUGCCACAUAACACCCAUUCUCUUCUCCCUUCACCGGCUGCCUGUAAGAUGAUGACUUACAUAAUCUUACUGACUCUCCCAUCCCUACAUGACCAGGGUCCAUGGAACCAGAAGCAGCUUCUGCCUCCUUACUGCCUGGUUUCUUCCGUCUGCAGAUGAAGGACUGUUACCACCAGUACCAAGAAUCCCCAAGAAAUUCUGAA